AUGACUGAAGGCAUAUCUUUCUCUUCACCCAAGGUAUUAGUUGAAUUUGUAUCUGAAAGUGUUAGUGCAGAAAGAGUAGAGAAAUGGCUGAAGAGGAAGAACAACAAAUCAGAAGACCUGCCAACGCCCCAGGCCGUCGAGCCCCAGGUCAUUGUGCAGGGCACCCCAGCCCCCAGUAGAAUGCAGAUGCCGCAGGGGAACCUACUGCUGCUGUCCCACAGCCCACAGGAGCUGCUGGCCCGGGACACCAUGCAGGUGGAGCUUAUUCCAGAGAAGAAGGGCCUCUUCCUGAAGCAUGUGGUGUAUGAGGUUUCCAGCCAGGGCUUCAAGUCCUCCGUGUACAGAUGGUAUAACGACUUUGUGGUCUUCCAGGAGAUGCUUCUGCACAAGUCCCCCUACCGGGUGGUGCCUGCCCUGCCACCCAAGAGGAUGCUGGGAGCUGACAGGGAGCUCAUCGAGGCCAGGAGGAGAGCUCUGAAGCGCUUUGUCAACCUGGUGGCACGGCACCUCCUGUUCUCCGAGGAUGUGGUUCUCAAGCUCUUCCUGUCCUUCAGCGGCUCGGAUGUGCGGAACAAGUUAAAGGAAUCGCAGUGUUUUGGAGACGAAUUCAUGAACUGUAAGCUGGCUACCAGGGCUCGGUUUGCCAUUAGCUGGGAGCUGAUCCGGAACAUCUACAACAGCUUUCACAAGCUUCGGGACAGGGCUGAGGGCAUCGCGUCGAGGGCCAUCGACAAGGUGGCAAAUCUUCUCAUAUUCGGGAAGGAGCUAAGUGCCAUAGGAGAAGUGCCACUGCCCUCCUGCGCCACUAUGAACAGCAGCACGUGGGGAUCCCUGAAGCAGGCUCUGAAAGGCCUUUCUGUGGAAUUCGCACUGCUCGCCGACAAGGCUGCACAACAGGGUAAGCAGGAGGAGAAUGACGUGGUGGAGAAGCUGAACCUCUUCUUGGAUCUGCUGCAGUCAUAUAAGGACCUGUGUGAGUGGCACGAGAAGGGUGUGUUGCACAAGCACCAGCGGGUCUUGCACAAAUACAGCCUGAUGAAGAGGCAGAUGAUGAGCGCUGCCAUGCAGAACUGCGAGCCGGAGUCUGUGGAGAAGCUGGAGUCCCGCAUUGUGGAGCAGCAGAAUGCGAUUCAGACCAUGGAGCUGCGAAACUACUUCUCCCUGUACUGCCUGCACCAGGAGAUGCAGCUCAUCCAUCUCUACCUGCCCCUCACCUCCCACAUCCUCCGUGCCUUCAUGAACUCGCAGAACCAAGGGCACAAGGAGAUGAGCAAGGUGUGGAACGACCUGAGACCCAAGCUCAGCUGCCUCUUUGCGGGACCACACAUUGCCCUGACCCCACUGCGUUCCCCGCUGCAGUCCCUGCCAGAGGAUGGCCUAUGUCCUCACUAGCACGAGGGUAAGGCAGUGCUCCCUGUGGCCACAC